CUCUCGACGUGCGAUCUGCACCGCACGCGCUGGUGCUCAUAAGCGCGCGAUUAUGGCCCAACCUCCUCGCGACUUGUUCAUAAAUGGUCACUAGAAGAUAUCCAUCCGGAAUGCGCUGGGAAUUUGGGUUGUUUUUAAUGCUGAAACUUUAAAACCUCGGGUUAACCAAAUUCGCGAUUUAACGAAGUUUUCCGCUGCAAAUAUAACGUCGUUAUCGAGGUUCGAUUUACUGCACACACGAGAGGAAAACGGCGCUCAGCAGUGGGUUGCAACCAACCAAUUGCAGCUCGUGAUGGCACGAACCCGUACGUGCGCAUUUCCGCGCGCCGCGUUCGAUCCUUCCUGCAAACGAAAGACUGUCACCGUGCUCGAGCCGACUAUGUCGGACCAGCCGCCGACCAAAAACGCCAGUGAACCGUCAGUACCAACCCAAUCCGAAGGCGGGGAGCAGGAGGAGCAGCAGGAGCAUCAGGAGGAGCAGCAGGAGCAGCAGCAGGAGCAGCAGCAGAGUCCGUGGCAGACGGCACUCAGGUACUUCAACGAGAUCUACGUGAACGGAUCCAAGCAACCGCCUCAAGGCGAGCCAUCAACCGACGACGGCCCACUCUCAGGCCUGCAGAAGGCCCUUGACUGGAUGGCCGACCGCACGUUGGUCCGGACGUCGGUGACCCUCGAAUCGGGCAGCGCUUCCAAUUCCACCGCGGCGCGCGACGAACAGUCUCCGCUCUCCAAGGCCCUGGACUACGUGUCCCUCUCGGUCUUCGCUCCCGAAAUGCUUCCGUCUAGCGACAGCCGCUCUUCCAUAGGCGUCACGGUCGUGCGACCGCCGUCCCGCUCCUGCCUUCGUGACGUUCGCUCGGCGCCGAGCAUCAAAUCCGGCGACAGCGCGCCCGCCCGUUCUCGCAGCGAGCGGUACCGGCCUCGGCCGUCUGCCCCGCAACUCCCUGCGCCCGCCAUUCGCAACCGGUACCGGCUCAAGCUGGUGCCCUCCGCGGUGCAGCGCAGACGGCCGCCGCAACGCGCCACCGCCAGCAGGGCCACGCAAAGCGAGGUUUCGCAGCCGUCAUCCCAAAGCGGUCCCCAGUACCACUACCUGAGCUUUGCGGGCGGGCAGCCGUCUUGCUGCGUGGUGCUCCCGUCGUCGGCGCCGCUUCCGUACAACGAGUGUUCGUGCUGCUCGGAGUGCCGCUGCGGUAAUCGCUUCCCAGACCCGCUGGAGAUAUUCCGAACCUUUUCACAGGCUUACCGGGCCUUCGGACUGCAGCAGAACCCCUUCGGAAUGACCUGCCUGUUGCCCUAUUGGCCGAUGCCGCAGCACCCGUACUACUUCUACCCGCCAGGCCCCAUAGUGCCGCCGCUCGAGACGUGGACGAGCUCCCGCAGCUCUGAUUCCAGUUGCGUGUGCGAACAGUGCGGGCGGGAGGUGAAGCAGCGCCGACUGGCGCCUGCCAAGGCUGUGCACGACUUCUCGACACUGGUCCAAGCCGCACCCAUGGGGAAACGGAUACCACAGAAGAAAAGCCUCUCGAAACGGGAAGUGGCAGCAGUGACUGACACCACAUCGAGCAAGCCGGCUGAUGGCACUGAAAUAAGUCCCGUCGAAGUCCCUCAAGGCCCGGAAGUCACCAGAAAAGAGUCGCAGCCGUCAGACUCAAUCGGAAGUGAUGCUGACCAGACUGCAGCUCCUAAAGGUUCUCGGACAAUUCAACAGCCAGCUAACAACCAGCCAGGCGAUUCAACAGCCAGAAGUGGAGAAGCACCCAAAGUGAUGCAAAGUGCAAGAACUGCCGAAGACACCACUUCUCCUGAGGAACCUAAAGCUACGUCUGCAUCUGUUGCCCCGCCAUUACAGCCAGCUGAAGCCAUGGCACAAGUGCAACCUCUCGUGGAUGGAGUUCUGCCUGUAGCACAGCCCCGUGCACAUGAUGGCUCGCUUGAACCACAAGUGCAACCGCCGGCCGGGCCUGUAUCAACCGCAGGGCUAGCCACUGUUCAACAUGGUCUGCCAUCCAUUGAGCAAUCAGCAGCAGUUGAGAGCAUGCAACCAGGAGUGCACGAGGAAAAGCGGCCAUCAAUGCAAGAAAAGCAACCAGGCACAGAUGAGAAAAAGCAACCAGCAGCGCAAGGAAAUCAACCAGAUAGGCAUAAGAAAAAGCAAGCUGGGGCUGAAGUGGCCCCUCUUGAUCCUAACAUUCUCCCAGGGCAGCAGUCUGACACCAGCAAAGACCCUGCGACAGCAAGUGCGGCUGCACCACCCAAGCAUGGGCUCCCUGCGCCACAGUUGCCCGAGACUCGUUUGUCUGUGCCGCAGCCUCCAAACUUACAGGCAACUAUGCCAGAAAAUUCCACGGCCGAAUUUUCACUGUCACCAGAGACCAUAAAGUCUAUGUCAGAAAUCGACACGUUACAACCACCCAACGUGCCGCGGUCCGACUCACUCUUACCCAACAACAUUCCAGGCACCAAUGCAGAGCCUCAACCACCCAAGGGUGGUAUGCAGAAUGCUCCAGCAGAUAAUCAAGGCAUAGUGGGAGGUCUCAUUGCCACCGGUACUACUGCGGCUGCAGCUGCACAAAAGAGCGAUGACUCUAGCCAUGAUCCGUCCAAAAAGGUCAAUGCUGCUGGCAAUGAAGAACCGGGUGCAUCCGAUACCAUCUCGAAGCGGUCGAGCCAGAGUGACAAAGCUGGGGAACCCCCUGAACACCACGACUACUCGAGCAAUGCAGAACACAUUAUGGACAUGUUGCGACCGGAUUUGCCCAUGUCGGAAGAGCAAGCUAUCAAUAUCGAGCCAGCCGAGCCAGCCGCUGGUGUUCAACCGGCUCAAGGCGAUGGUGCAAAGCCAGAUAAUGACGCAGCCCAUGCUGAGCAAGGUGACGAAAAGCCUGCUGAGACUGAUACCAGGGCAGCAGCCACCCAGAACAACUUCAACAGUGCCAUCAUGGGCUGCGCGGCCAUCUUUAUGGUUUUCAUCAUUCUAGUUGUGGUCUACAGCAUCAUGUCAUCUGCUUCUGGACCCCCACCAGAAAAUGUAGUCACGGAAACACCGCACGCUACUCUCAUGUUUGAUAUAGAACACUACAACGGCUCACGCAUCAUGGCAGACGAAGAAGAGACAACCCAUAUAAAUCCAUUGGACUUUUAGUGAA